CCUCCUUUCUUUAGCACAAUUAGGAACCCUAUAAAAGAACUCAGCUCCUCAGUGUUCUCCCAACGGCUUCACUGAACCUCAAGUGUUCCCGUUAGCGAGUUGGACUUGCUUGAAUCUACAGAAAGAUGCCUCAGCUCCUGGACAGCAUCUCCACCCUCAUCAGCGUCUUCUACAAACCUGGGAAGAAAGACGAGGACUGCUCCACCAUCAGCAAGAGAGAGGUGAAAAGGUUCAUCCAGAGGGGGUUUGCUGACAUCACAGUGAACCCCUACGAUGCUCACGCCAUAGAGGCAGUACUGCAACUUCUGGAUCAUGAUGGCGACGGGGUUGAAGAUUUCAAUGAAUUCCUGCUUCUGGUAUUUAGAGUGGCGAAGGUUUGUUACUGGUACCUGCAGCCAAAACAACGGCUCCCGCAAAGAACAGAGACGGGACUGAGUGGGGAGCGGCGCCAGGAGCCGGAAGCAGGAAGGGCUGAGGGGAGUCGCGAUCAGCCUAAACCGCUAGGGACGGAGAAAGGAUAUUACGAAACAUGGGAGCCUGAAACUAGAGAGACUGAACGAAGCCGCCGUCAGCCACGGGAACCUGAGCCACGAGGGGAUGAGAGGGCCAACUAUGAAACAUAUGAGCCUGAAAAAAGAGAGGAAGAGAGACGCCGCCGUCAGCCACAUGGGCCUGAACCACGACGGGAUGAGAGGAGUUGGUACGGAACACAAAGAUCUGAACAUAGAGAGAAUGAGAGAAGCCACCAUCGGUCUUGUGAACCUGAACCACGAGGGGAUGAGAGGAGCCGCUACGAGAGACGUGACCUUGAAACAAGGGAGGUAGACAGGAGCCGACGUCACCCACAUGAACGUGAACGACGAGAGGAUGAGAGGAGUUCCCAUCAGCCAUAUGAGCCCGAGCCACAAAGUCGUGAGAGGAGAUGCCUUGAACCCGAAUCACGACAGGAUGAGAAAAGUGGCUAUUGGCCCAGAGAAUCUGAGAGGAGUCGCUAUGAAACAUGUGAGCCAGAAGCCAGGGAGGAAGAGAGGAGCCAUCGUCAGCCACGUGAGCCUGAACCACGAAGGGAUGAGAGGAGCCGCUCUCGCCCACAUGAACCUCAGCCCCAAGGGGAUGAGAGGAGCCACUAUAGAGCACAUGCGCCUGAAACAAGAGAGGAAGAGAGAAGCCGCUGUCCGCAACAACAGCCUGAACCACGAAGGGAUGAGCGGAGCCGCUAUGAAAUAUAUGACCAUGAUACAAGAGAGGAAGAGAGGAGCCGAUGUCACCCACAUGAGCCUGAACACGAGGAGGAAGAGAGGAGCCGCCAUCAGCCACGUGAGCCUGAACACGAGGAGGAAGAGAGGAGCGCCGACAGCCACGUGAGCCUGAACCUCCGCCGACAGCCACGUAAGCCUGAAUCUAGAGAGGAUGAGGGGAGCCGCCGACAGCCACGUGAGCCUGAACCUAGAGAGGAAGAGAGGAGCCGCCGACAGCCACGUGAGCCUGAACCUAGAGAGGAUGAGGGGAGCCGCCGACAGCCACGUGAGCCUGAACCUAGAGAGGAAGAGAGGAGCCGCCGACAGCCACGUGAGCCUGAACCUAGAGAGGAAGAGAGGAGCCGCCGACAGCCACGUGAGCCUGAACCUAGAGAGGAUGAGAGGAGCCGCCGACAGCCACGUGAGCCUGAACCUAGAGAGGAUGAGGGGAGCCGCCGACAGCCACGUGAGCCUGAACCUAGAGAGGAUGAGGGGAGCCGCCGACAGCCACGUGAGCCUGAACCUAGAGAAGGUGAGAGGUGCAGCAUUCAGUCACAGACACCUGAGCCACCACAUGAGGAGGGGAAUUUGCCUCCGUCUAGUGAGCCUGUAGAGAAUGAGGGGACCCUGCGUGAGCCGCAUGAUCCUGAAUCAACAGAUGAUUCCAGGAGAUGCCCUGCAACACAUGAGCCUCCACCCACUGGCGAUGAGGGAAGCCAGCUUCAGCCCAGGGAGAGCGCAGCACCAGGGGAUGAGGGCAACCCCCAGAAGACAAGUGAAUCUGAACCUAGGGAGGAUGACGGCAGCCAGCCUCAGCUCUGUGAACCAGAACAGAAGGAGGGCGAUGGGGUCCUCAGGCAGACACCAGAGUCUCAGCCGCUAGAAGAGGUGGAGAGCCAGGAACAGCCACGUGGCCCGGAACCACGAACAGAAGGGAGCCGCCAUCAGCCGCCACAAGGGGGAGAAGCGAGCCACCUCCAACCAGACAUUGAACCUCAACAGGGCGACGGGAGCCGCCAUCGGCCAAGGGACCCUCAAGAAGAGCGUGAGAGGAGCAGCCACCAGGCCAGGGAGCCUCUUCCACGGCUGGGAGAGGAACCCGAAGAAGGUGAAUGGAGCCAGAGCCAUCCUGAGCCUGCAAACGCAGAGGAGGAGCCGGGUGAGACAGAUCCGGAUGAUGUCAAGGCCUCGCUGCCUUGCAAUCCACUCUAUGUCUAUCUGCUGGAGCAGACGGUGGAGAAGCAGCUUUACCUAGCACCACCGCACCAGGACCACCCAUAGUGUGGAAAAUGCGGUGGCGCCCACUUUCUCCAGUGGAAGGUGUGGGCUUCUGUCCAUCAGCCUUUCCGGCGAAGCUUCCAACACCUCAUCCCUACACCUUUCUUCUAGUCUUUUCGGGAUUCCUUAUAGACUCAGGUGCAUGUGAGCAUGUUAGCAAGUACUGGCACAAAUGUGUCCAAUACAAGGGGCUAGGGGGUGCUUUGCCCUUGGGUGAAAUCCCCACUUGGUUUCACAUAGGUCUUGGGCUUCACAGGCUGAGAAACAAAAGUGAGUGAGUUUGGUGCCUGAAUGGCUAGAAUAAAGAGUAGUCCAGGCUCUUACUAGCCACCUUUCUACUGUAUCUACUCGAGCAUAACUACCUAACUACUGUCUCUAGGUGUCCACUCUAUGUAUCUCUCUCUCUACAAACACACUUGUCAUCUGUCUAUCUAUCCAUACAUUUGUCCAUUGUGUCUAUAUCAUAUCUACCGCCCUAUGUGGUCUACUUAUUUAUUGGAUCUAUUGGGUCUUUGUGUCUAUCUGUCUGUGUGCUUAUGCUGCACUCAUCGCUGUGGUCCUGUGUCUGAAUAGCCUGUUUGUUAACUGCUGUCGUGCAACACAAAAACCUGUAUGUAUCUUUCCAUCUAACUUGCUGGGUCCUGUAGGAGAUUGGAGACCAUUUCAGUUGGGAAAAUGCAGGUUGAAAUGCAGGUCUCGGAAAACCACCAUUCUGGGAGCAUUUAGUUACAGCCCUGCACAACCACUGGCUGAGCGAAACCUCGGCUUCACUCUCCCGCAAGCCUUGAGGCAGAUGAGUAGCACUGGGGUAUCUAGAGGGGUCUCUUUUUCUCAUGGUUGUAUUGCAUGAAAAGUCACAAUAAAUGGCAACUGAGUUCA